AUGAACAUUUUACAUUCAGAUGAGUUAAAAAUAGCGGAGACUACUUUAUAUGCACAUCUGCCUAAUCCAUAAAGGUGAGUAGUCUGCGUUUAUGGAUUUGUUUUCGCUAUGAACAGAGGGAAACCGCACACUUUAAAGGUAUUGAUGGAUACGUGGCCAGCUUUUACCACUAUCAUUGUUCGACCAGAUCCAAAUAAUAAUCGAGCAAAGGACUUUAUGAAGAAGGUGACUCUAUACAGUACCGAUGAAGAAGUCCUGAGAAGAAUGCUUGCUGUGGAAGAUGCAGUUGACUGGAGCACAUACUUUCUAAUAGGAGGAUGUGAUCUACGUCAUUCACCAAUCCUAAAGGAAACUGCUGCUUCUUGGGGUGUCAAUAUUAAAGAGUUAUCCUUGGUGCACCUUAUGACAUUAACUGAGCCCAGUCAUUUAACUGAGCUGAUUACCAGUGACCUAGAGCCCAGAUUGUCUGUCCUCAAUGAAUCACAUGCCAAUGUAGUUAAUAAGACUUGGAAAUUUGGUGGGGAUGACAACGGUUACAGGAACAUCCUGAAUCUCAUUAGACAUUUCCCCACAUGCUGCAUUACAGAUGAGAACAAUCAGCCUGUGUCCUGGGUGCUGUUAUAUGAUUACUGUGCCAUGGGGAUGUUGUACACUCAGCCAGAGCAUCGUGGGAAGGGCUAUGCCAAAGCCCUGGUGACCACAAUGGCACAGAGGCUCCAUUCUCAGGGCUACUGGUGA